CAAAUCGAUGACCGAAGAAUCGAUCACCCAGGACGCUCAAUCGUGCCCCACACAUUGAUCUGGGAGGUUUUUAGAGUACAGAAAUCUGGAUAUCUGUCAUCGAGCGGCAUGGCUUUGAGACGAGCUUUACAUUUCGUUUUCAAAGUGGGUGACAGGCGCAAAACAGCCACCUUUUACCGAGAUGUGCUGGGCAUGAAGAUUUUACGUCAUGAGGAGUUUGAAGAGGGCUGCAAAGCAACUUGCAACGGUCCUUAUGAUGGAAAAUGGAGUAAGACAAUGGUUGGCUAUGGUCCAGAGGAUGACCAUUUUGUGGCUGAACUGACAUACAAUUACGGAGUGGGGGAGUAUCACCUUGGAAAUGAUAUCUUGGGGCUCACUCUGCAGUCAAGCCAAGCUGUGAGCAACGCCAAGCGCCUGGGAUGGCCCAUCACUGAAGUAGGAGAGGCGCUCUAUGUGACCGAGGCCCCGGGAGGGUAUCGCUUUUACCUGGUGGACAAAGACCAGCCCGCUAACGACCCGGUGCAGAAAGUUUGCCUGGGUGUAUCUGACCUCCAGACAUCAGCCCAUUACUGGACUACGCUACUGGGGAUGAAGAUUUUAGAGAAAAACGAGGAGAAGAAAACAGUUCUGAUGGGAUACACAGACAAUCAAUGUAAGCUGGAGCUUCGCGAUAUUGGUGGAGCUGUGGACCAUGGAACAGCCUUUGGCAGAAUAGCAUUUUCAUGCCCACGAGAGCAAUUGCCCGGCCUUGAGGCCCUGAUGAAAAAGGAAAAUCAGAAAAUUCUCACACCGUUAGUCAGCUUGGAUACUCCUGGAAAAGCUACAGUGGAAGUGGUCAUUUUGGCUGACCCAGACGGCCAUGAGAUUUGCUUUGUUGGAGACGAGGCUUUCAGGCAGCUCUCCGUGAUGGAUCCCAAAGGAAAUGAACUGCUUGAUAAGGCUAUGGAUGAAGAUAAAAGUGAUGAGUGGUUUGCCAAGCACAACAGACAGAAAGCUGCUGCGUGAACUGGUCUGCCUGGAAAUCUGCACACCAACUGGAUGUGUUUCCCUGCCAGUUCAUAAAAGGUGGAAGGCAUCUGUGCUGAAAUUUCUCUUUAAUUGGUCACUCCUUUAUUUUUCCCUGGAGGCAUGCCAUGUUGCACAAUAGCAUUACCUUGCAUUACUAUUUCCAAGAGAGAUAGAGGGAGAAAAAAACACAUUCCACUAAAUUUUAGUUAAUAAAAAAAAAAAGGUAGGACAGGUAUCAGCUUAUUGUCUUGUAUGUUGUGACAUUCAAGGUAAAUUCUGCAAUCAUGCUGAUAGUAA